CCAGUGCGGUGGCGACACAGCGUCGCCUCGCGGUUUAUAACGCCGCGCGCGGGCGCCAGGCGCGGCCGGCACGGGGGCAAAAGAGAGAUGAGGGGCUCGGGCGCGCGCAUGACCGCGCAGGCCGCGGCCGAGGCGGCCGUGGGCGCGGUCGGGUGCGGGUACGACCUCACGGGGGACCUCCGCCUCGGACGCGCCAAGCCGGCGGGGAGGCUGGUGGGGAUCGACGGCGCACGGACGCGGGAGCUGCUCCUGCCGGGCGGGGCCGUCGUCGCGGACGUGCCCGUGGGGAUCGUCGCCGACAAGGGCGAGCGCACGCGGUUCCGCUCCGACGUCCUCUCCUUCGUUCAGAUGGCGGAGCAGGUGAACCAGUCGCUGUCGUUGGCGGGGAAGAUCCCGUCGGGCGCGUUCAACGCCAUGUUCGACUACCGCGGGUGCUGGCACAGGGACGCCGCGGCCACACGGAACCUCUGCUUCGACGGCCGCUUCGUGGAGCUCUACAGCGUCGAGGCCGUGCGCGCGCAGCUCGCCCUGCAGGACCGCGUCAAGCAGGACGUGCCGCCCUUCUGGGAUCCCCCGGCGCUCGCCGAGUUCAUCGACACGUACGGGACUCACGUUGUCGUCGGGGUGAAGAUGGGAGGAAAGGACGUGGUGUGCGUCAAGCAGCUCAAGGGCUCCAAUCUGACGCAGAGCGACGUGCAGGCCCGGCUCAAGGAGCUGGUUGACGACAAGUUCUCUCAAGACGGCAUGGCAAGUUCCACUGCAGGGGACGACAAGUUCUCGCAGGGGCUAACCGGAAAUUUUGGUCCCGGUUCAGCUGCCCGGCACUCUUUCAGAUCACCAGUCGUUUCUCACAAGGAUGACAUCGUCAGUAUUCACAUCAGGAGAGGGGGCGUCGACACUGGUCAGGGCCACAGCAAAUGGCUCUCGACGAUCACCAGCUUUCCCGAUGUCAUCUCCAUGGCGUUCGUGCCCAUAACUUCUCUGUUGUCCGGCGUUCCAGGCUGCGGGUUCCUCAAUCAUGCGGUGAAUCUCUACCUCAGAUACAAACCGCCCAUAGAAGAGCUUCAGCAGUUCCUGGAGUUCCAGGUGCCACGGCACUGGGCUCCAGAGUUCGGUGAGCUCCCACUUGGCCUCCAAAGGAAGAAGAACAGCUUGCCGUCUCUUCAGUUCACCCUCAUGGGCCCUAAACUUCAUGUCAAUACUGCCAAGGUUGAUUCUGGCAACCGUCCGGUGACCGGCAUCCGGCUGUUCUUGGAAGGCAAGAAGAACGACCGGCUGGGCGUGCACCUCCAGCACCUGUCGGCGACGCCGAGCACGAUCACGGUCGUCGGCGAGGCCGCCUCGGCCGAGGACGUCACCGUGAACGAGCGCGACUACAUCGAGCCCGUCAAGUCGCCGUUGCUCUCGCACAUCUGCACGGCGCCGGUGCAGUACAACGGCGCGCGGAUCGACGACUGCGCGGCGAUCGUGACCAGCGCGUGGCUCGAGGUGCGGGAGACCUGCUGCCUCAAGAAGGUGCUCUUCCUGCGGCUGGGCUUCUCCGGCGUCGCGGCCAUGAAGAUACGGCGGUCCGAGUGGGACGGACCGUUCGUCGUGCCCCGGAAGUCGGGCUCGCUGUCAGUGCGGCUUAGCGCGGCGCUGUCUGGUGGCAUAGCGCAGAUACCGCCGUUGCCGGAGGGGAAGGUGGAGGUGAACUCCGCCAUAUUCCCCAAGGGGCCGCCGGUGCCGCUCCCCGUUCAGAAGAUGGCGAGGCACGUGGAUACCACCGAGGUGAUGAGAGGCCCUGACGACCUGCCGGGGUAUUGGGUUGUCACCGGCGCAAAGCUGUGUAUGGAAGGCGGCAAGGUUGCGCUCAAGGUCAAGUACUCGUUGCUCAUCGCCGUGCAAGAGGACGCUGACGUUUGAGGCCUUCACUGUCGUCGAUGCCUCAAGUUCUUUUCUUUUUUCUUUUUUUUGGUGUAGCUUGUUUGCCGUGGUGUACAGUUCAGUCGUGCACAUAGUGUACAUACACACAGAGGCAGCUAUACUGUAAAGAAUACAGAGUGCACAAAGGCAGCUGUUUGGUCUGCCAAUUCAGUUCGAUCUUGUAAAUCUAGGCGCAGUUUAGAUAUGCAGAAAUUACCUGGUUUAAGCAUCCAA